CGACAAGUUCUCAAAAUGAAGACACUUACAACAAUUCUGGUUCUUCUCCUGGCAACAAUCGUUUCUUCCGAAACUACGGAAGGCCCUCUUAAUCAUUGCAACGCUCGCAUCGUCGGCGGUUUCCACGCGGACAUUGCGGAGAUUCCCUUCCAGGUGUCCCUCAUCCGUGGUCGUGGUCCUUUAUGCGGUGGAUCCCUCAUCUCCAACCGGUGGGUCCUAACGGCGGCCCAUUGUGUACAAUCUCCGAGCCAGCUUCAAGUCAGGAUCAACUCCACCUUGGGGCUAGCCCACGGAACGGUCGUCAACGUUAACAGGCCCGUAGUCCACCCAAACUACAACGCGCUGACUACGGACUACGAUUUUGCCCUGCUCGAGCUGAAGGAUGAGAUCGAGCUGACCGACGAGUUCUACGCGGCGGAAUUGCCCGAACAGGACGAACCCGUCGAGGACGGAGCGUGCCUACAGACAUCCGGUUGGGGAAGCACUGAGAACGGGUCCGGCUCGGAAGACUUGCUCGUAACGUACGUUCCGGUGAUCAGCUGGAACCAGUGUCGCAAGAACUACCGCAAGGCGCAUGCGAUUACGGAGCGGAUGAUCUGCGCCGGAUAUGCCGACGGUGGCGUCGACGCCUGCCAGGGAGAUUCGGGAGGACCGCUGGUCGAUGGACGGAAGCUGGUUGGAGUGGUUUCGUUUGGCACGGGCUGCGGAAAGGCGGGGUUGCCGGGAGUUUACGCGAAGGUGUCGGCCGUUCGGGAUUGGAUCGCGUUUGUGAGUGAGGGUGAGAAUGAUUCUGAAGAGAGUGAAGAGUAACGUGGUUAACCACUUUUUUUUUUUGAAAACCGAAACCGCGAAAUAAAGCAAGCUUUUUUAAAGCAAACAAGAAUGCGAAGACAAAGAAUGUAAAAAAUAAGGUAUGAUCCUUUUCUACCUUAUCAACUCACCACAAGCGCAAACGAGGUGAUGUAAUAUGAUAAGAAAUAAUCUUGCCAUCGUUAGUUCUCGUAAGGGUGAAUUGUCUUAUAUUUGAACUAUUAUAAAUACAUCAACUAAAUAAAUUUCAAGCUUUUAAGAAA